CUAAUCCUAACCAUUUCCCCAAGACAAAUCAAACAGAAUCGAGAACCGUCGGUGUUCGUUCCGAUCCAAGUAAACUGUGGUAAUUUCGAUAGAGCACAGUAGUAAGCAAACGCGUCGCGACGCCCAUUAGUGAGUGCAUCUUUGGAUUGAGAGAGUGCUGCGGGAGCGAUCACAAAUGAGAGAGUGGUGAUAAACGCAAAGCGGACUGUUGCUGCAGACUACUAGAAGCGAACUCGUACCCUCGGCAGUGCCUCAUUCGAUUGCCGGACGUCGUCAAACGGUGAAGUGCACAGUGUGUAACUCCGCAAAGUGACUUGAAAUUACAGAAGCUAAUAAGUGACUGAUUGUGUGCAGUGAAGUUUUUUGAGAAUCCAAUCAGAAGAAAUACAUAGAAGAACAAUGUCUGCAAAAGUGCAAGAAAACGGAGACGUGAACUCGACCGUCGAGUCGAGCCUGUUGCCACAUCUGGAAUCGUGGGACAGAAUGCUGAAACUGCCCGUUGUGGACGCCACUUGGCAGCAAACGCAAAAUGUCUACGGACGCGUCAAAGACUACAAUCCCCUGCUGAACUGGGCCUUCGGAACGGCCGAGGAUGUGGUCCACCGUGCCGUCAGCAUCUCCGCCCCGCUGGUGCACAAGUUCGACCGCCCACUCCAGCUGGUCGAUCAGACCCUGGUCAAGGGCAUCGACCGCCUCGAGGUGAGCGCACCGAUCAUCAAGGAGCAGCCGCAGGAGAUCUACAACCAGGCCAAGUCCAAGGUCCUCGGCACGGUCAAGCCCUACACCGAGAAGGUGUGCGAACUGCGACAGGCCUCCCAGCAGAAGGCCGCCUCCCUGAAAGAGCUCUCCUGGAAGAAAGCCAACGAAGUACUGGCCUCCCAGUACGGAAGCAUCGCCGUGAACGGCGUGGACACCACCGCUCAGCUGGCCGAGCGUCUACUGGACUACUACUUCCCAAAGUGCGAAGGCGACGAUGAAGACGAUAACGCUCCCAUCUCGGUCAAGGAAGAUCCAGCCCUGCACACCGUCCAGACCGUAGGACGCCUCUCGAACAAAGUUGCCCGCCGCGUCUACCGCACCGUGUCCAAGCAGGUGAAAUCCCUCCGCAAGGAAGAUGUUAAGGAGUACGUCGUCACGUUGAUUGCCGUCCUCCGCCUGACCCAGUACCUCAACUUCCUGAACGACAAGCGGCAACAGCAGGCCGUGGAAGAUCAGCCCGCCCCUGCCAGCACCAGCAAAGCCCCCGCCACCACCCCUGCCAGCUCUAGCUCCGCCUCUGCCUCCAACACCUCGGCCGUGGUUGCUACGACCAACAGCAGCAAGACGCUCCAGGCCAAGAAGGAGACCGGCGAAGACCAGAGAUCGCAGUAGGUCGCAGGCGCGUAAUAAGACUAGGCUACGAUGUAACGUAACGUUUGUGUGUGUAUGCGGGAAUGCAAACCCCUAUAAGCGAACUGAUUAACUAGUAGAAUGUUAAUGUAAUCGUAGAUAUUUUUGCAUUUGUUUCGUUCUAUCAAUUGAGGGACAUUAAUUCAUCCUGAUCCGACUGCGGUCCAAGUCCGAGUGCAAAUCGAAUGUCUGAAUGUGUGUGCGAGUGUAUGUAUGUGAAACAGGGAAUGAAUGAGCAUUUACAGAAAGCAUUGUUUACUGUUAUAAGUGCUACACCUAGGGAGCGAAGAUUGUCUAGUCCUGGAGCCUAUUGAUCACCCAGGAGUGUAGAGUAACUUGAAUCGAAGCGUUUAUAUAUUUUCCCUAUUUUCAAAACAAUAUUUUUUAGAUGAGCUAUAUUAUUGUUUACUCGUAUCAUUAUAUAUUUUUUGUAAAAUUAAAAAGUGAAAAACG